GUCCAGUCGGAUUAUGAAUACCAGAUUCUCUCAUCAUCCACCACGCGCACAAAAACCCUACUAAAGCCGGGACGUUCUCCUUCUUCUUCGCCGCCGUUAAGUAUUAUUCACGCACAACCGUGGCCUGCAUCACGCAGCUGAGCUUCCUUGACUUCAGCAUAUUAGAAGCUGAAAAAUGGCAGAAGAGAAAGAAGAAGUGAAGACAUUUAAGGAUUUGGGGAUAUGCGAACAAUUGUUGGAAGCGUGUGACAGUUUGGGAUGGAAAAACCCUACCAAGAUACAGGUCGAAGCAAUUCCUCAUGCUCUCGAAGGCAAAGACUUGAUCGGUCUUGCGCAAACGGGGUCAGGUAAAACAGGAGCUUUUGCUCUUCCCAUAUUACAAUCGCUUCUUGAAGCUUCAGAAAAAUCCGUGCAAGCUUUCUUCGCUUGCGUGCUGUCUCCUACAAGGGAGUUGGCAAUUCAGAUAGCAGAGCAGUUUGAAGCUUUAGGAUCUGGCAUUGGUGUGAAAUGUGCUGUCCUUGUUGGUGGGGUAGAUAUGGUGCAACAGGCUAUAUCACUUGGAAAGCGGCCACACAUCAUUGUUGGGACCCCUGGGCGCCUGGUGGAUCAUUUGUCAAACACAAAAGGUUUUUCUCUCCGCACAUUGAAAUACUUGGUUUUAGAUGAGGCAGACAGGUUAUUGAAUGAGGAUUUUGAGAAAUCACUUGAUGAAAUUCUAAAGGUUAUACCACGGGAUCGAAAAACAUAUUUAUUUUCUGCAACAAUGACAAAAAAGGUGAAAAAGCUUCAGAGGGCAUGUCUAAGGAAUCCAGUGAAGAUAGAAGCAGCAUCCAAAUAUUCCACAGUUGACACAUUGAAGCAGCAAUAUCGCUUUAUUCCUGCCAAGUACAAGGAUUGCUACCUUGUGUACAUUCUGACUGAGAUGUCUGGUAGUACUUCCAUGGUUUUUACUCGAACAUGUGAUGCAACUACUUUUUUGGCCCUGGUCCUCCGAAAUCUUGGUUUAAGGGCCAUCCCAAUUAAUGGUCAUAUGACUCAGUCAAAGAGACUGGGAGCCUUAAAUAAGUUCAAAGCUGGAGAGUGCAAUAUUCUUAUAUGCACUGAUGUGGCAAGUAGAGGACUUGAUAUUCCGUCUGUGGAUAUGGUUAUUAAUUAUGAUAUCCCUACAAACUCGAAGGAUUACAUUCAUCGUGUUGGAAGAACUGCUCGUGCAGGACGUUCUGGGGUUGCAAUCUCGCUUGUGAAUCAAUAUGAACUGGAGUGGUAUCUACUGAUAGAGAAGCUUAUUGGUAAGAAGUUACCUGAAUUUCCCGCUGAAGAAGAGGAAGUCUUGCUUCUGCUGGAGCGUGUCACUGAAGCGAAAAGAAUUUCCCAGAUGAAAAUUAAAGAAUCCGGUGGCAAGAAGAGGAGGGGUGGAGGAGAUGGUGAGGAAGAGAUUGAAAAAUAUUUAGGCAUAAAGGAUAAGAAGUCCAAGAAGUUCAAGAAAAGAUGACAUCAGCAAAUCGUUCGGGGAAAUUUCUUUUCACAAAUUUUGAAUUGUUUUAUGUACAAGUAACUUUCGUUAUGUGGCAUAAGAUCCCUUCAUGAUAACAUGAACGUUUCAAUCUGCGUUUUAGACGAUAUUUUAGAGGCAGUUCUGGUCUCUGGAAGGGCCUAAUUGAAAUCAUUUGGAUAUGUAUGGCCCAUCCAGUUAAGAGUCUUCCCAAACGGCCAGAUUUUCAGUUUUAAAUUGCCUCAAACAAAGAAUGCAAAUUUAUAAAAUUACACUUGUUACUAA